AAGUAUACGACGUCGUUUCAUCUCUUUGUCUGAUUAAAGACAAACGACGUCGUUUAUCAACGCUUUUUUUAUUAAAAACUAGAAGGGUGUCCGCGCUCCGCGCGGAAUAUUGUUUUAUUGUUGUUAGAUAUGAUUUUUUGGAUGAAGUAAUUAUCUGGUCAGUCUUAUUUGUAAAAAGCAUUAUUUGAUGUUUUAUUGUGUUAUGUAGUAUUAGGUAAUAUAUUAUGUGUUAAUAUAUUAUGGGUUUGUUUUUCAAUAAUGUGUUAUUGUGUGUAUAAUAAUACUUGUGUGGUGAAGUGAGCUUCUAAUGUAAAUUAUAUUGAAUUUUAAUAACUUUGCAUUUACGCAUUUGUUAAUCUUAAGAUUGAUGGUUUUAGCGUCAAAAUUGUAUUUUAAUUUGUCACAUUUUUUAACAUUACUCUUUUAAAUGUUUUGUUGCCCACUCUCCAUAUUUUGACCUUGAGCCGUCCCCAUCUAUGUAAUUCACCUACCUUUCCGGUGUGCGGUGCUUCUCGCCAUCACUGAGAAAAUACUCACCUUUGCGUUCUUGUUAUUCCUCACAUUCAUCUCUUGUGAUAUUAUCUGGUAUUUGUUAUAGAUCAUGCUUAUGAGUUCCCAAUUGUGCGGGUUUUUUUACUGUGUUGUAGGUUGUUUUGGUCAAUAUUGGUCCUCUUCUUUUUUAGAUUUUGGUUAAUGUUAGGAACUACAUCUCGUUGGGUUGGAUAAGAGUUCAAUUGUCUUUGAUGUUGUCUUCCUCUCGUUGACUUGCCGUCGAUAGUCUCUGCUCGUCUUAGUUUUCAAGAUUUGGUUUUUGGUGAUCUGACUUCUAUGCUCUUUUUCAUAGCUCGAGGAUAGCUCCACGGUUUGCUGAUUUUGUUUUGUCUCCUUUUCUAUCUUUGUUCUCUCAUCUUGUUGCACCUUUCAUUGAUGCUCGCUUCUCUGGUGGCUCUUUUUCGCCAUAUUUGCUACUCCAGGUUUGGAUAGUGUUUUCUUCUGCAUAUGCUUUGUGUGCUUGGAAGGUUAUUUCUACUCUAAAGCUUGAGCUCUUGUUUUUCGGUGGUAGGAUUCCAUUCUCUCUCCCUCGGGUUGUUUCUUUUCUUCUCUUGAUUUCCUUGGUGUAGGUGUGCGGAGUUAGUCUUUGGAGCUUUGUUGUCUUCUACUUAGAGCUUUGUGGUUCUUCGCUGGGAUGAAAGCCUUGUAUGUGCUUGUUUAGUUUGUGAGGUGCUUCUUAACUUUCAGCUGGUGGUUGUGAUUCCGGUGCUUGAGGCAUGUGUCUUCUUGUUUCGUGGUGACUCUGGUGUCCUGAUGAUUAUUCUUUUUCUGACUUUUUUGGGUUUUUUGGGUUGGUGCUUGAUCACGCUCCUUUGAGCUCGGAGGAAUGCUUUGUCUUAUAUUUUACUCCCUCUGUUCCAAAAUAGAUGAUGUUUUAGAAAGGUUAUGAUGUUUCAAAAUAGAUGAUGUUUUGAUCUUUUAUAUUAAUUAAAAUUUUAUUGAAAACUGUGUGACCAGUGAUGUCUUAUAUUUAUUUUUAAGGAUUGGAUUAAUUAAUUUUGGUUUAUAUUUUUAAUGUUAUUUUUUAGAAAAAGUGUAUACCUUAAUUCUUGUGCAUACACUUAAAACAUCAAAUAUUUUGGAACAUAAGGAAUAUCCUUUUAUAUUUUCUAACAUCUGCUUGUUCUAUCCAAGAUAUUAUUGGUAAGAUGAGGUAAGUUAGUUUUCUUUGUUGAUUUUUUUUCAGCUCGAAACUUUUGUUGAGUUAGUGUUACUAUAGUAUUUGGCUUUUUCCUUUGGGUUGUGGAAGUUGUAGGUUUAGAUUAUGUGUUGUAUUCUAGUUUUUUUCUUAUUAGUUUGGUUAUUUAAUGAUUUUUAAUAGUAAAACAAAUAUAUAAUUUAUAAAUAAAAUAAUAGAAAAUGAUAAAAUAACAAAAAAUUAUGUUAUUUUUAGUCAAAAACCAAAUUAAAUAUUUAAAAUUAUUUAUUUAUUUAUUUAUUUAUUCAUCUUGAAUUUUAGUGACCAAUAAAAUAAAUUAUCAAAUUUUAUACAACAAUGGUUAAUAUUUAAAGAGUAAAUAGUGCAUAAUUAGAAAGUAUUUGGCUAAAUUGCAAUAAUCUAUAAGAAAAAGGACUUAAAUUGUAAAAAACAAUAUAUAUGAAGGACACAUGUCAUCAAACCCCCUAGCCACUUGUCAUAAGAAGAGAAAAAGCUAACUUUAUAUAUAAAGAUAUGGGUUUCCAACGGCUUGAACUCGUGUACUCGGGUUUAAUGGUAGGGGUUUUUGCCACUGAGCUAGUGGACUUUGCAAUAGAUUUACGAACACAGUUUGUUUUAUUCUCUUCGAAUCCGAGUUAAAAGACAAAUGAAUAAAACGACGCGUUUUAUAUUGCUUUUUUAUUAAAAAGAUGGGCUUCCAUCGGCUCGAACUCGUGCACUCGAGUUUAAUGGUAGGAGUUUUUGCCACUGAACUAGUGGACUUUGCAAUAGAUUUACGAACACAGUUUCUUUUAUUCUCUUUGAAUCCGAGUUAAAUGAAUCAAAAAGAAACGACGGCGUUUUCUCCUCCGAUUGGUAUAAACCCUAAAUUCCCAAAAUCAUAAAUCCAGUUCGCGAUUCAAACUCGAUUCUCUUAUAUCUCGUCCUUAAGAAUCUCGAUUCUCACCUUUCCUUCUUCGAGUAUCGCAUGAUGAGUUCGGGUUGUGAGGAUUCGUCUGUGAAUACGAUGGAAAUUCGUGGUAUCCCGGAGCAAUGCGGAUGUGGUCGAAGAACUGGGAUAUACACAUCAAAAACGAAGGUCGAUCCAGGAAGAACUUUCUUUAGAUGCCCAAUGUUUCAAAAUGAUCACUUGUAUAAAUGGGUAGAUGAAGCUGUCUACGAAGAGGUUCAAGAUGCAUUGCCAAAAGUUGAGUGCUUUGCAUCAGAUGUUAUGAAAAUUAAAAUGGAGAUCGAAAGCAUGAAAACCGUGGAGGAAGAGUUGAAAGAAGAUGUCAGGAAGGCGAGCAAUGAACUUAAGAAGCUGAAUGUGAUCAUGAAAGUGGGUUUUCUGGUGGUUUGUUUAGGCGUUGUGAUAUGUCUUGUGUUGAUCAUGUUUGACAAAGCAGAUGGGUUGUGUUUGAAUAGCUACUAGGAGACUUUGUUUAUGUAAUGGUAAUGGUUUCAGUAAGGUUUUAAGACUAUGUUUCAGUAAGGUUUAUGUUUUACUUCUUGAUUGUUUAUAGAAGGACAAAUGAACACACCAAUGAACAGACCAUCAAGAUAAACAACAUGAUGAAAACACAAAGAUAAUAACCAACACUAUCUUCAUUGAGAGUUUCAAAUUAAAACAGCAGGAAGAGAAGAAAAAAAAAGGUAAUUCUUGUUCCAAAAGCAUUCAGACAGAGACACCAUCAUAAACGACACACAACAAAAGCAUAUUUAAUAUUGAUCUAAAAGAACCAUCUUCCCCACGUUGUUGUCUGUGAUGGUUGAGCUUGUGAGGAUUGGGGAACUUCCCAUCGUGAUGGUUGAGCUUGUGAGGAUUGACCUUGUGAAGAUUGAGGAACUUCCCAUGGUGAUGCUUGAGCUUGUGAGGAUUGAGUUUGUGAGGAUUUAGCUUGUGAUGAUUGAGCUUGUGACUCGCCAAAAUGUAGUCCCGGUAACAUAUAAAUGAAUUGUCAGACACAUUACCGAUAGCUAAAAAACUAAGACCAUAACCAAGACCCUAACCUGAUAUUUCCUUGGUCUGCAUCUUGGUUUCUUAGGUGGACUCUGAACAAAAGCCUUCCGACAUGUAUUCUUGUAGUGCCCUUCUUCUUUGCAAUUAGAGCAUGUCAUUACCCUGUUCGCACGGCUCAGCUUGGUAGUAGACACUGUCUCAUUGGUUCCCUACUUUCGAUCAUGGUUUUUAGGCCUACCAGGCUUGCCAUUUCGAUUAGGUGGUGGAAUCACACCUAAUCUAUUGGUCCGAGGCCACUCUAUCAUCCCAUUUACAGGUCUGAUCCCAAAACUGUAGGUUUCACGCCACUUAGAGGUUGUGUAGCAAGGAGCAACAAAUUCAGAAAGUUU